GUCCGGCGAAUGUAAUUCCAACACGGAAACAAGUUUGUUUCAUAGCUUUGAACCUUGUAACAAGUAUUGCCGGGAUGCAGCAAUCAUUCCCAGAGUGGUGAACAAGGAUAAAGAAGGCACACCGCAAGUUGGGUUUCCCAUUGGCCGCCGCCAAUUUUGCCUAGCAUGCGUCGCUCAUCAACGCAAGUUUAGACUUUCGAGGGCCCAUUCCAUCACUAGUCUGAUUAAAUAGAUCCAGAGAGUCAGUAAACCAGUCAUUUCCGUCUUGAGCGCAUAUUAGCAAACAUUGUCUCCGUCUCCGUCUUCUCCUACUCUUUCUCUUUCGUCAGCGGAUUUUCUUCAAAGCUUGACCACGAUGAAAGUGUCACGGAUCUGUGUCAUGCUUACGACUUUCAACUUGAUUUCAAUCCUCACCUACCGAUCAGCAUUCUCGAAAACAGUGACCGCCUCAUUUCUGCCGGAGGAUCAUAUUCCACGGGAAAGGGUGUCGCGGUCCCUAUACUUUGGAUUAGGAGAUCCCAUCAAGGCCUUGAAUUUCAUUUUCAGUGCCAAGACCUCCGCAUUCUUACUCUCCCUGUUCUUAACGGCGAAUGUAGCCAUUAUCAUUGCAUGGACACUUCUCCACUACUCCUAUUGGGAUCCCAAGAAAACCAACUCGACCAAUAAGGUGCGAUGGUUGCGGCAAAUCGACUUCUUCACCAACCCUGAUACCGCCAUGGAAAACAUUAUGAUCACAUGGGUGAACGCUCUUAGUUUGACCGUGUUUUGGAUUCUACCCACUCUUCUAUGGACCGGCCAACCUUUAGCUGUAGAUGGAGGUGUUCAAGACGGUCAAUCUGGUGGGGACUCUCGAAUCAGUCCCUUGGUAAUCACCCAAGGAGACCCUGACAAUGACUUGAUGGAUCGAGUGUUGUGUCCUAAUUGUGUGCUCACUCACAUCCUGAUUAGUGUGCUAGUCCUUAUCACAAGAUUCUCCACAUGGUCGUGGUUACCUUAUUUGAGGCCAUUUUUUGUCAGAGAGACGGAAGAUAGUGGAAUGUCUGGACGAAAGAGUUCAACAACGGAUGCGAUCACCAAUCAAGUUUGGAGUAACUUGACGCGACCAAUGAAUCAUUAGGCUAUUUAUGUUGAAAGGCUCUGCAAUCGGUAUUGGGUCAAAACGGCUAGCUUUUUUACACUAAUUAUUGAAUGUUUUUGCAAGUGUGAAUACUCGAGUGACACUAGUUCUAGAAUCCUUUUUAAUUCGAUAAAUCUAAAUGAUACAAAACACUUUCCGUGAGGUGGAAAAAUAAUUUGUCAUGGGGUCUUUUAGGGAUAAUACAUAAUUCGUCGAAAUAAUUAAAAAGGAUGGGCCCACUACAAUCCUACAGUAUACUACAUGAACAACUGCUGGAAAAUACUACAUAAACUUGGCCAAGGUGA